CGCAAGACCUUUUUAAUUGUAUACAAUAACGCCUCGCUACCGGCGCCCACUGCGCAAAUAUCAAUAUGACACUUCUUAUCCUUACCGAGACGGCCGCCGGCUAUGCACUGCUCAAAGCAAAAGACAAGAAGCUCCUCAAACGUGACGAUCUAGCUUCCGAGUUGGGCUCUAUCGAAAAUGUUACCUCUUUGCUCAAACUGAAGGAGUUCCAGAAGUUUGACAGUGCGGCGGCGGCACUCGAAGAAGCAGCAGCUAUUGUGGAGGGCAAAGUCACACCUAAAUUGUCUGCCUUGUUGGACACUCUCAAGGAUGAGAAGAAGAUCUCCCUGGCGGUUGCAGACCCAAAGCUGGGCAAUGCGAUCGGAAAAAUCCCAGGUCUCGAGAUCAAAGCUGUCGCCGACUCCACCACCGCCGAGCUCUACCGAGCCAUUCGAGAACACUUGCCCUCUCUGAUCCCGGGUUUGAUGCCGGAUGAUGUCAAGACGAUGUCCUUGGGUCUCUCACAUUCGCUUGCACGACACAAACUGAAAUUCUCACCGGACAAGAUCGAUGUGAUGAUCGUCCAAGCAAUAGGGCUGCUGGACGAUCUGGACAAAGAGCUGAACACAUACUCCAUGAGAGUAAAAGAGUGGUAUGGGUGGCAUUUUCCAGAAAUGGCAAAGAUCCUCAACGACAACCUCGCCUAUGCCAAAGUCGUGUUGAAGAUGGGUAUGCGCACAAACUUUGAGAACUGCGAUCUUGCCGAUAUCCUCCCCGAAGAGAUUGAGGCAGCCGUCAAGGCAGCCGCAGACAGGUCUAUGGGCACAGAGAUCACGGAUGAAGAUCUUGAGAACAUACAGAUGUUGGCGGAGCAAGUGGUGGCAUUCACGGAGUACAGGACGCAACUGUCGAGCUACCUGACAGCACGAAUGACUGCAAUUGCUCCAAACUUGACCACCCUCGUGGGCGAGCUUGUUGGUGCUCGGCUUAUUGCACACGCAGGAAGCUUGUUGAAUCUCUCAAAGAGCCCGGCAAGUACAAUUCAAAUACUCGGAGCCGAAAAGGCGCUCUUCCGAGCACUGAAGACGAAACACGACACUCCCAAAUAUGGUCUCAUUUACCAUGCUUCUCUGAUUGGCCAGGCAUCAGGAAAGAACAAGGGCAAGAUGGCCAGAAUACUCGCUGCUAAGGCAGCUCUUGGUCUGAGAGUCGACGCACUACAAGAUUGGGGUGACGACGAAGCCAACAUCCCGGAGGACGAGAAAGCUGCUCUUGGCUUGGGAGCACGUGCCAAUCUCGAGCGCAAGCUUGCGGCUAUGGAGGGCAAGCCCCUCAAGCCCAGAGGAGUGGCCAUUGGCCCGAAUGGAACGCCAGCAACAGCGCAACCCAAGAAGUGGGAGAUCAAGGAAGCUCGGAAAUACAAUCCGGACGCUGAUGGGCUCGCCGGUGACGAGGCACCUGCCAAGGAGAAGAAGUCGAAGAAGGAAAAGAAACUCAUCGAAGAGAUCUCCGAGGACAAGACGAUGGCAGAUGGUGAUGACGACGAGGACGAGUCCGAGUCGCAACCCGAUGAGUCCAUAGAUUCGGAUGAGGUUGCCGCCAUCGUGCCAUCAAAGGUCAACGGCAUCAAUGGAGCAUCUGACAAGACUGCCAAGAAAGCGGCAAAGGACCGGAAACAUGCAGAAAAAGCUGCUCGCAAGGACGGCAAGAAAGAAAAGAAGGGAGACAAGGAGGCCGCGAACGAGGAGACCAAGUUGGAAGCUUUGGCCGCGCAAUGUGGUCUUAGUGUUGAGCGAUACAAGAGGAAGCUUGAGCGGGGCGAAAUUCAGUUCAGCGAAGACGGUGUACCGACUGCGAUCUCGAAGAAGGAUAUCAAGAAGGCCAAGAAGUCAGCAGAGAAGUCAGCAGCCAAUGGUGACUCGGAAGGAAACAAGAAGCGGAAGCGGACAGAGGAUGAGACUGAGACUGAGCCGUCAAAAUCGGAAACGAAAAAGAAGCGGAAAGAGAAGUCGUAAUCCAUUUUGACGGUUUUGUUCGUUCCUGCUGUUGUUUUUAGCAUCGUCUUCUUCUGCAUGGCGUCGGAUUUGGUGUUUGGGUGCUGGAUGAUGAAAAGGGUUCAGGAGGAAGGUGUACCACUUCAGAGGGCGUAGUCAACUCUCUGCAAGCCGAGUCUUUGUACAUGUGCGGCGCCAACUAAUGCUUGCAUGUCGUCUCAAUGAAUCAAUGUACUUGUACUAGACUCUUAUAAUCUAAUCGUUCUCUGCGGAGCACUCAUGACUGUCCGGCCUUUCUCCGGCGAAAUAAUUUUACAGAU